AUUCAAUACAGUAAACACGCGCAAGCUAUCCGAGCUUUUAUACGUAUCCACGGAGCAUAAGGGGCUCUUUAUAGUGAUUGCGCGCGAGUCGACCGCACGCGUCCCCGCGCUCCACGUUGCGUCGCGAUGAUGAGUUGGGCACAAGAGCAGCCAGCUGACAAGUUGGAGAUCAACGAGGCGGUCGGCAAACUGCUGCAGUCGUUCAAUUAUGAGACCAUAGUGCCGCAGCCUAACAAGGGUGGAGGGUGCAUUCGGCGGCCGCAUGUGAAGCGACCAAUGAACGCCUUCAUGGUGUUCGCGCAAGCGAUGCGCAAACGACUGUCUGAGCAGCGCCCGUCUCUACAUAACGCAGAACUGAGCAAGUCCCUUGGAUCUAUGUGGAAAAGUCUAAGUGAAGAAGAAAAAAUGCCGUUCAUAAAGGAAGCCGAGAAGUUGCGGAACAAACACAAAAAGGAUCACCCCGAAUACAAAUAUCAGCCGCGACGUCGGAAACCACCGCCGACAUCCGCGGCGCGACUCAAGCGAGAAAUAUCGCCAGAUAGAUCUCAAAUAGAUUUCUCACGAAUCGAAGUGGACGGUGCAUUAUUAGCGGACGGCCCUCCAGAUGGCGCAGAAUUAGAUCAGUAUCUAAAACCGACGCCGAUACCGGAGUACCAUGAAAUGCAGCCUCGCUACCCUCACAGCUUGUCCCACCACGUCGCUCCACUGUACACCCCCGUCCCCUCACACUUACACCCGCCCUGCACGGAUUGGCAACACUACCCGGGACAUCCUUAAUAAAAUGCACCGUUGGAACAAAACAAACGGUUCCAUGUUAUCUCCUAGAAAUUUAUCAAAAAUAGGUCACGUCACGACACAUGGACGUCUAGUGCUGAAGGUUUUUUGUAAAUAUCAUAUCAACAUAUGGGUUUUUGAUCUUGUGCGUAGUAGCGCACGUGCACUUAAUCAUAAACAAAUAUUUAAAAUAUGGUCCUAUUAAUGAUAAUAAUAUAUUAUUCUUAUUUGCUAAGCUUUUUCGAAUUGAUAGGUAAUAAAAUAAUAACUACGAGUAUAGGUAUUUUAAGGGUAGAUAAUAAAAGAGGGUAUUUUGUAACUUUAUACUACUUCUAAUUUUCCACAGUGCACAAAGAUGUUGCAAUAACAUGUCAAUUAUUCAAUUAAAGAAAGUUCUUUAUAAAAUCUAUCUACUUGGUUUCAUAUUUUAUAGACAGGUAGAAUACUUCAAGGUACACUUCUAUUGUAAACUUGAAUAAUACAACGUUUCACGAUGUAAAUAAGUAAUUCUUCUAUUUUAUGUAAUGUAAUCUAAAUUUUUUUCAAUAAUAAGAACUACAUAGCUAACUUAGGUUAUUCCCUCAAUUUCCAAAGUACAUAAUUGUAGAGUUUGUUAGUAAUAAUAUAUUAUGUUAGUACGUAAAUUUAUUAUAAGAUAUCGAUUAUAAGAGAUCAUAAGUUGUUAUUGUGAUUAAAAAGUAAACAUGAAGUUGUUGUUGUUAUUUUUAAUAAAUAAUUGAACUAUAUGUCAA